AUGAUGUUUAGAAUGUGUGGCUGUGGCCCUCUCGUGAAGCUGCGGAUAGAAAGUUUAGGGGUUGGGCCAGAUGAACCCACAGCGAAUGUAGACGCCUCUACUAACACUGCUAACCCAGAUCCCUGUGUCUCUGGCCGGGAGAGCCAGAAGAUUGCCGUCUCGCCAGCUCUUACAUUUCGCUCUGCUUAUAGUGCUCUUUCAGGGAGGACGACGACAGAUAUUGAUGUCACCCCUCUAUAUCAUCAGUUCACAGUUCAACCUGAACCCCAGGAAACAUUAACUCCUCGCGAAAUAGAUCAACUCAUCUCAUUUCUGUAUGCCUAUAUGGAGCAUCGCAUGGUGCCGCAACAAUGUGCUAUCCCUACAUACGUUGACGUCCUAGAGGACCGAAAUGCGCUAAUCUCAUUGGCUAGACUAAACGUAGAGCGAAUGCACGCCUUCGCUGAAUCAUUCAUCCAAAGGGAUUCCUUCUUGGCCUUCCUCGCACUCUUCUUUCGUGAAAGCCCGCUUCGCCAUCUAACCACACGGAGCAACGUGAAGUUCAUACAAAACAACAGGUAUGGGGUAAUUUUUACACAACAUACACUUAUGCGCGUGUUAGUUAAUUAUGUGAGUUCUCACUGGUCCGACACGAUGGGUGUGCAGCUGUUCUACGCAGUCCGAGCCGAUCUACUGCGGAAUGGAGCGCUAGGAGUCACUAUUUCAGACCUGCGAAUGCAGCAAAAAGGCAACCAGGAUCCCGUAGACCAGGGGUCUACUCCCACCAGGGGAGCUGCUUGUUGCAGUAGAUGGUCACAAAAUAGAAUGGUUGUUCUAUCGAUGCUAAAAUGUGGAACGCUACUUCGUAUCGUAGGGGCGAUAGAGCCAGAUAAUAAUUAUCAAGUGGACUGCUUUGAGUUGGGUUGCUUCCUAGAAGUCCUCUUAUCUAUGCUUGACUUGGUCAAGUAA